AUGACGGCUCCAGGGGUGAUCAAUCUCACCAUCGUAAGAGUAUUCGUCCCCCUGGGGUUCCCCACACAGGGAACCAUGGGCUUCUUGCACCCAUUGCUCUUCUCCCUGGUCUACCUGUGUGCCCUUCUGUGGAAUGGGCUCAUCGUCCUCAUCACCACCGUGGACCGGCAACUCCACACCCCCAUGUACUUCUUCCUGAGAAGUCUAUCCUUCACUGACCUCUGCCUCAUCUCAACCAUAGUCCCCAAGUCCAUUGUCAACUCUCUGAGGCACAGCAGCUCCAUCUCCUUCCCGGGCUGUGUUGUCCAGGUCUUCAUGAUGAUUAUUUCAGCAACUGCGGAGCUUCACCUUCUCACGAUGAUGAGCCUUGACCGCUAUGCUGCCAUCUGCCACCCCUUGCACUAUGAGGUCCUCAUGAGCAGGGACAGGUGUGUGCAGCUGACAGCUGUGUCCUGGCUGGUUGGGGGUAUAUUGGCUGUGAUGAACACAGCUGGAACCUUCUCCUUGUCCUACUGUGGGUCCAACGGGGUCCACCAGUUCUUCUGUGACUUCCCCCAUUUAUUAGCAAUUUCCUGCUCAGAAAAUUUAAUGAGUGAACUUGUCCUAAUUCACAUCAGUUCAGUGACGGAUUUGUGCUGUUUUAUUUUCAUCAUUAUUUCCUAUGUGCACAUCUUCUCUGCUGUCAGGAAGAUCCCAUCCACAGAAGGGAAGGCCAAAGUCUACUCCACCUGCCUUCCCCACCUGCUGGUUGUGGUGCUGUUUCUCUUCACUGGAUUCUUUGCUCAUCUGAAGCCAACCUUAGGGACCCCGUCCAUGUCUGACCUGGUCAUUUCUAUGUUCUACACAAUGGUGCCCCCCACCUUUAAUCCUGUCAUAUACAGUCUGAGGAAUGAAGCCAUGAAAUCCGCUGUGGGGGGACUGAUGAAGAGGAGACACACUAAAAUGUAA